CCCCGCCCACCAAGGUAAAGCUCUUUCUGAUGGAAACACUGAAUGAGAAAAGCCUACAACGCUUUGUUGGCAUCGUUGUUUCGAGAUCCAUUCUAAAAUUUAUUCAUUCCCUACAGCGGGUCUUUCCUCGAACCUUCGUUGUCGGUAUAUCAAGCCGUUUUUCUGUGGGAUCCAGCGGUCUAUCCCAAAAACGUAAUUUCAACGUACAAACUUACUUGGUUUGGUGUAGAGUUUUCUCCACUUCAACGGAAAGCCCACUCCAAAAUGUCAGUAGUCACACUGCAUGACAUUCCACCAUGGAACGACUCUCCCGAAGGUCAAGAAGCUGCAAAUGGGCAUGCACCCUCGGCUCUGGGCAUGCGCAUUAGUUUAUGGCGUGGAGACAUAACAAAACUGAAGCUGGAUGCUAUCGCCAACGCGGCGAACAAGCAUCUACGUGGGGGCGGUGGUGUGGAUGGAGCUAUUCACCGGGCGGCUGGUUCUAACCAACUUCACUCGGCUUGCAUGGCUCUGAACGGCUGCCCAACCGGUAGUGCGAAAAUCACUCAAGGAUUUGCCCUACCGGCCAAAUUUAUCAUACACUGUGUCGGUCCAUAUGGGGAGAAUCCACGUCAUCUUCAAGGAACUUAUGAACGAGCUCUCCAGCUUUGCACGGAGAACAAUCUAACAUCCAUUGCUUUCCCUUGCAUUUCAACUGGCGUAUUCCACUAUCCCCAAGAAGCCGCUGCCAAAGUGGCCAUUUCUACAGUAUUGUCGUAUUUGUCUCAACACACAGAUAUCCAACGCGUAGUAUUUUGCGUAUUUUUACAAGAAGAUUAUGACAUCUAUAAACGGCUGUUGCCCGAAGCACUUUCUCAGCGGGCGUCGAAUCCAGGAUAAACUUGAUCAAUUCAUCCUCUUAACUGAGAUCAUGCCCUUAUGUUUUGCUUUGUUACUGCAUAAUUUUACUUUGUAUUACUCUAUAAUCUGCACGUCAUUACUGAGAAUUCACACAUUCUCAUGAGGAUUCAUGCUGUUUGGAAACCACCGUACGUCGCUCAUGCUCCCUAAACCAAAGCAAAAGGAAAAUGGUAUUGCAAUCAGACUUCAUUGUGCUUUUUAACGCAAUCAGCUUGUUUACUGUGUAUGUUUGGCCAGCAGCUAUGAACCCAGAUUGAAUGGCGCGUCAGUCUUUUCACUGAAAACAAGACAAUGUGCACUGGGAAUGUUGCGCGAG